UUACAAAAUGCAUGACGUAUUGAUUUAUUAGUUAAGUAAUUAGUUUUAAUGUUAUAGUUUUACUUGUAUUUCGAAUUUUGCAUAUUUUAUGAAACAAUCGCACUGAAUUUAGUGUUAUCUAUUAGUCAUAUCACUAUGUAUUAAAUUUAUCAAUUUUUGGGUCUCAACAAUGGCUGGGAAUUUUUGGCAAAGUUCACAUUACCAACAAUGGAUGUUAGACAAACAGGAUUUAGUCAGAGAACGCCAGCUAGAUUUGCAAGUUUUGACUGAGGAAGAGUACCAAAAGAUUUGUAUUUUUUUUUCUAAUUUUAUUCAAAUUUUAGGUGAGCAGUUAAAGCUCAAACAACAGGUCAUAGCUACUGCUACAGUUUACUUUAAACGCUUUUACUCUAGAAACUCCCUCAGAUGUAUCGAUCCUCUACUACUUUCUCCUACUUGUGUAUUUUUAGCUUCGAAAGUAGAAGAAUUUGGAGUUAUAUCAAAUAGUCGCUUAAUAACUACUUGCCAAACUGUUUUAAAAAAUAAACUGAAUUAUGCAUAUUCUCAAGAGUUUCCAUAUCGAACAAAUCAUAUACUAGAAUGCGAGUUUUAUUUGUUGGAAAAUUUGGAUUGCUGUUUAAUUGUUUUUCAACCAUAUCGUCCAUUGUUGCAACUGGUUCAAGAUAUUGGACAACAUGAAGAUCAAUUGUUAGCUUUAGCUUGGAGAGUUGUCAAUGAUAGCUUGAGGACAGAUCUGGCCUUGUUGUAUCCCCCUUAUCAAAUUGCAAUUGGGUGUUUACAAAUUGCUUGUGUUAUCAUGCAAAAAGACCUUAAAUCAUGGUUUGCUGAACUUAAUGUGGACAUAGACAAAAUUCAAGAAAUAUCAAGGUAUAUUAUUAAUUUAUUUGAAUUAUGGAAAUCAUACGAUGAGAAAAAAGAUAUUCAAGGGCUUUUAAAUAAAAUGCCGAAACCAAAAUUGCAGUCAUCUCGGUAGACUUGAUUAUUAAAAGUUAUUAAAAGUUGUGUGUUAAUAAUAAGUAAUUAUGCAUUCCUAUUUUAAUUAAACAUCGUUUUGCAUGUUCUAAUUACUUUUUGUUUAUUAAAAAACUAUAUAACACAAAUUUUUAAUAAUUCUAGUUUUGGAAUGGCUUAAUUGUGUAUCGCACCUAAUUAGUUUUAAGUUAUUUUUUAUUAUUGUUUAUUUUAUUAUACAUUUUUAUCAUAUUACUGUAGACUAAUUUUAAAAAUUUGACAGAUGUUACAAAUAAGAAUAUUAUAUUCUUAUUAUAAUAUUAUAUUAAGCUACUUUGUUUUUAAUUUUUUUUAUCUUUAGGUAAUACUUUAUCUAUAAUAUCGGUAUAAUCUAAAUUAAUGUAAUUAAUAAAUUUUAUGUUAUUUAACUUA